CCAAGUGGCCAUUCCUGUGCACGUUGCUGGGGGAGCCGCUGGGCCAACGGGAAGACCUUUGAGUGUCUGAGGAGUCGCGUGAGGACACUGACAAAAGAGAAGUCCCCUUGGGUGUGUGCUGAAGGGACAAGGUGUUUAAGAUAGAAGUAUUCAUGAAUGGAAGAAAACAUUUUGUGGAGAAGAGGUACAGUGAAUUUCAUGCCUUGCACAAAAAGCUUAAGAAAUGUAUAAAAACUCCAGAAAUCCCUUCUAAGCAUGUUAGAAACUGGGUACCAAAAGUCUUGGAGCAACGGCGACAAGGUUUGGAGACCUACUUACAGGCUGUCAUUUUAGAAAAUGAAGAACUUCCCAAACUCUUUCUUGAUUUCCUCAACGUCAGACACUUGCCCUCUCUACCAAAGGCCGAAAGUUGUGGAUCUUUUGAUGAGACAGAAUCAGAAGAGUCGAGCAAACUGUCCCACCAGCCAGUGCUGCUGUUCCUCAGGGAUCCAUUCGUCUUGCCUGUAGCCAGCGACUUUCCAAAUGUGGUUAUCGAAGGAGUCCUCCACGGGGUCUUUUACCCCCAUCCGCAGCCCAGGUAGAAGUCCUCCGUGGUACCAGGAGCCGAAGAGUUUCAAAGUCCUAGUCCAGAAAACCGAUAUCUACCAAACUCACUUGCACGGACCCAACUCGAGCUAGGGGAGAAAUUCAGCCCCAGCCCCAGUAGUUCAGGGCAGGAUGUCUCCAUGCGAAUGGCGCUUUUCAAAACAACCCAAGAGGUGGUUCGGACUCAGUGUUCGAAGCCGAUGGCGGCCGCCCGCGUGAG